UAAUCCUCAUUUCAUCUUCUUCUUCCUGUUUGCAACCAGGUUUGGCGAUUCAGUUAUAUCACUUCACAACACCAAAAUAACCUUUGAUUAAUUGGAAGAUCGGUUAAGUGAGUAUGACUGAAAACUAUCACUUGGUUGGUUUUGUUAGUAGAAUUGCUGAAGCUGGUCCUGCUCUUAAAUUGCAAAUCUUGGAUUUCUUUUUCCAUUUUAAAGCUCUGCUGGACCAACUUCAACCAAAAUCAUCAAUUUGGAAGGUAACUAGUGCAGGUGGUUGACAUGGAUGGUUUACUGACAACCUCAAUGGAGCAAAUCUAUUGAUUGAUUUUAUUGGAUACUGGCCAGAGUAAGCGUGUCGAACCUUUAUCUAUCCACAGCCUGCUCUCACUUCCAUUCAAUGUGACCCAUUGUCCCUCAACAAGUAUAUGUUCUUCCUUCAAUAUUUUGUUUCCAAUCUCUCUUUCUUCCUAACGCAUAUCAAUCUCCAAAAGACUAGAGAAAAUAUAAGGAAAUGGCAAAAAAAACGAUUUUUAGAUUUGGUGGAAGCCCUAGUAACAAUGUUGAAGAUUAUGCCAGCAUUACUAAGUUUAAGUUUCAGGAACUUGCUGCGGCCACAGAGAAUUUUGCACCAGAAUCCCUUUUGGGCGAAGGAGAGUACGGGCGUACAUUCAAAGGUUGCUUAAAGAGCAAUGGACAGAAAUCAUCUUCACAGGAUGUUGCAAUUAGACAAGUUGACGAUGAAAGCAUCUUUACGAUUCACGGAUACCAUGACCCGUCAAUGAUUUCGGCGAUUCAGAUGCGUGUCCUUUUGCACCAUCCUAACAUAGUCGAUCUGAUAGGUUACAGCAUCAAUGACAAAGACCAGAUGUUUCUUAUUUAUGACUUCAUGCCAUUGGGAUCCUUGAAGGAUUAUAUGCAUGAUCUUCCGCGCAAUAAGAAGCCUCUGGAUUGGAAUACGAGGAUGAAAAUUGCAGCUGGUGCAGCUAAAGGAAUAAAAUACUUGCACGAUAAAUCAACUCCUCCCAUUAUCCUUGGAAAUAUUAAACCCUCCAACAUUCUCCUAUCCGCUGAAUAUCACCCAAAACUGUCAGAUUUCCUCGGGUUCAAGGAGCGAAUUCCAGAACAUGACGAGUCUGGCCAUACAAGGUUUUUCAGCCGUCAGUGUCAUCGCCAUGCACCUGAAUUUGUUGGAGAUUGUAAGCUCACUCAACAAUCUGACAUCUACAGUUUCGGCUUAGUCUUGCUUGAACUGGUUUCAGGACGCCUGGCAGGGAUUAAUCCUAGUCUCAUUGGAUGGGCAAAACAUAUACUGGCAGGCGGUAAGGAAUUCACUACGGUUGCAGAUCCACUACUGGAAGGCCAUUAUCCAGAGCAAGGCUUGUACCAAGUUCUUUAUCUUGCAGCUCAGUGUUUACAGCGUAAAGAUGUCAGUCGGCCUCGUAUAGGAUAUGUUGCUAAAGUUCUAUCAAAUUUGGCUUCUGAAAUUUACGACCCAAAAGCUGUCCAAAUUAAUCGUGCAGGCUCAUUGGCAAUUGGCAACAUUGAGAUGGAAACACUAAAAGAGCAAUGGCGACACGUCUCGUCAUUACUUAUAUGAUAUUUAUAGUGUCAGAUUUUAGAAUUCUAUAAAUUUUAUUGUGUUCUUUUUUCAGCUGUAGUAAAAACACAAUUUUGAACUGGAUUAAUGAGGUAGCUAGUUUGAUAACAGACUCUAUUUUUCCGACGACAAAGGAGUGGAAAAAAACCAGAGUUCUGCAGAA